AUGGACCCCAACUCUCAACACAACACCGAUCCAAACAUGAAGUCUGGAUUCGCGGUGGACUCGUCUUCUGGCAUGCCAACGAACAAAUGGAGCUCUCCCUUCUAUGAGUUCUGGGAUCCUGUUGAUACCAUGCUCUGCUCCUGGUGCUGCCCAUGCUUUAUGUUUGGCCGUAAUCAGCACCGAAGACGCGACCCAGCUAUGUCUGGUUUCAGCUACUUCAACGGCGACUGCUGUCUUUGGCUUUGCCUUGCAUACUGUGGAUGCUAUGGUAUUUUCCAGGGCCUCAAGCGUAUUGAAACUCGAAAGCAGUACGGAAUCGAAGGCAAUGAAGUUCUCGACUUUGCCGGAUCCUGCUGUCUUCCUUGCUGCAUGCUCAUCCAGGAAGAUAAGGAGAUCACCCGCCGUACCGAAGCAGCUGGCUACCAACGAACCUCUCCAAUGUCCUACCCUUGA